AUGCGCAUCAAGUCCCUUUUUACUUUACAGGUGAAAAACAAAGCACCUGCAGAAGUUCAGAUCACAGCAGAGCAGCUUUUAAGAGAGGCAAAAGAGAGAGAGCUUGAACUUCUUCCACCACCUCCACAACAGAAGAUCACAGAUGUUGAAGAGCUAAAUGACUAUAAACUCCGGAAGAGGAAGACUUUUGAAGAUAACAUAAGAAAAAACAGGACUGUUAUCAGUAACUGGAUAAAAUACGCACAAUGGGAGGAAAGCCUAAAAGAAAUACAGAGAGCCCGUUCCAUUUACGAGCGUGCUUUAGAUGUGGACUACAGAAAUGUCACACUCUGGCUGAAGUAUGCAGAGAUGGAAAUGAAGAACCGCCAGGUUAAUCAUGCCCGCAACAUUUGGGAUCGAGCCAUUACCACCCUCCCCAGAGUGAACCAGUUCUGGUACAAGUAUACUUACAUGGAAGAGAUGCUGGGGAAUGUUGCUGGAUCACGUCAGGUGUUUGAACGUUGGAUGGAGUGGCAACCAGAGGAGCAAGCCUGGCAUUCCUACAUUAACUUUGAGCUGAGAUACAAGGAGGUGGACAGGGCGCGUACCAUUUAUGAGAGAUUUGUUAUUGUUCAUCCUGAUGUGAAGAACUGGAUCAAGUAUGCCCGAUUUGAAGAGAAGCACAGUUACUUUGCUCACGCAAGGAAAGUAUACGAGAGGGCAGUGGAGUUCUUUGGAGAAGAGCAUAUGGAUGAGCACUUGUAUGUGGCUUUUGCAAAAUUUGAGGAGAACCAGAAAGAAGUAAGACUUUCUUGA